AUGCUCUCCGUGGCACAGGAUUGUUUGAGUAUAAGGCCGGAGUCAACUCUGGCGAAGCCAUCUGGCACAGAACCGGAGGACCCAUCGCCUGCAGGGCCAUCUCCUGUGAAGCCAUCGCGUACGGCCGCUAAGGCAGAGAGACCAACACCCCGCGAUUUCGUAUACCCAUUCACUUCUGCAGGAUAUAGAAAUCAGCCUAUUGAGAUGAGGACCUCGCACAAGACCACUUCUAAAUUAAAAUUUAUCACUCACAAUCCCGAAAGUACCUCUUACCCAACAGUCUUAUAUGAAAAUGUCAUGUCUAGUGACGAGGGCUUACGUGAAUGGCUUCACCAAAUUUACCUCCAUGGCUUCUGCUUCGUCAAGGGUAUCCCCGUUGACCCGGAGUCAACCAAAACCCUCCUGGAGAGGAUUGCUUUCAUCAGACAUACUCACUAUGGUGGCUUUUGGGAUUUUACGGCCGAUUUGACGUUCAAGGACACUGCAUAUACCACGGAGUUCCUCGGUGCACAUACAGAUAAUACGUACUUCACUGACCCGGCACGGCUUCAAUUGUUCCAUCUGUUGUCACAUACCGAUGGUGACGGAGGCGCGAGCUUGCUUGUCGAUGGUUUUCAGGCUGCAAAAGUUAUGCGAGCAGAGAAUCCACAAAACUAUCAAGUGCUAGCAGAAACACCACAGCCGUUCCAUACAAGUGGCAAUGAGGAUACCUGCAUCCAGCCGGCAGAACAAAUGCCUAUUUUCAAGAUCCACCCGCAGUUCAAUUACCUGUACCAAAUCCGCUGGAACAACUAUGACCGAGCGGCCAAGAAAGACUGGACCUUAGGAGAGCAGAAUAGAUGGUACAACGCAGCCCGGCACUUUAACGACAUCAUCACACGUGAGAAUAUGCAGAUAUGGACGCAACUAGAGCCAGGAACAGCACUUAUUUUCGACAACUGGAGGAUGCUUCAUGGUCGCUCCGAAUUCACCGGAAAGCGAAGGAUGUGUGGCGGAUACAUCAACAGCGAUGACUUCGUUUCGCGUUAUCGUCUCUUAAGAUUCGGCAGAGAGAAGAUCCUAAACAACAUAGGCAACUUUACGGGACAUCUCGACGACCUUGACCGUGAAGAGAGAGAGAAGAAGCCCCAAGAUGGCGACGGCAACGGCAGGAAGCCCUCCGGAGACGGAGACGCUGACAUGAAAGACGCUGAGAAGAAGGAUGACGAAGAGGACCUCUUGGACGAUGAGAUUCUACAAUCGAGCACAGCCGACAUCGUCAAGCGACGGCGGAUGCUGGAGAACGAAAUGCGUAUAAUGAAGAGUGAAUAUCAACGGUUGACGCACGAACAGAGUACGAUGAGGGAAAAGGUUAAAGAUAAUCAAGAGAAGAUUGAAAAUAACAGACAACUACCAUACCUUGUUGGAAAUGUGGUUGAAUUGCUGGAUUUGGACGUCGAGGCUGAAGCCGCCGAAGAGGGCGCCAACAUCGACCUCGAUGCUACUCGAGUCGGCAAGUCUGCUGUCAUCAAAACCUCGACCCGUCAAACCAUUUAUCUCCCCCUCAUUGGUCUGGUAGAUCAUGAGAAGCUUAAGCCCGGUGAUCUCAUUGGCGUAAACAAGGAUUCAUAUCUCGUCCUGGAUACAUUACCCGCUGAAUAUGAUAACCGAGUGAAGGCCAUGGAAGUCGACGAGAAGCCAACAGAAAAGUACACAGAUAUCGGAGGUCUGGACAAGCAGAUUGAAGAAAUCGUCGAAGCUAUAGUAUGGCCGAUGAAGGAGGCCGAACGGUUCAAGAAGCUCGGUAUCAAGGCACCGAAAGGUGCUCUGAUGUACGGUCCCCCGGGUACCGGAAAGACCCUCCUCGCCCGAGCCUGUGCCGCAGAGACAAACGCUACCUUCCUCAAACUCGCUGGUCCCCAACUGGUGCAGAUGUUCAUCGGUGAUGGAGCCAAACUCGUCCGCGACUGCUUCGCCCUCGCCAAGGAGAAGGCGCCCUCGAUCAUCUUCAUCGACGAACUCGAUGCAGUCGGCACAAAACGUUUUGACUCCGAAAAGUCCGGUGACCGUGAAGUGCAACGAACCAUGCUGGAACUCCUCAACCAGCUGGACGGGUUCGCCUCCGACGACCGCAUCAAGGUCCUCGCCGCCACGAACCGUGUCGACGUCCUGGACCCCGCUCUCCUCCGUUCUGGCCGUCUGGACCGCAAGAUCGAGUUCCCCCUCCCUAACGAGGAAGCCCGCGCCAACAUCCUGCAGAUCCACUCCCGUAAGAUGGCCGUAGAAGACAGCGUCAACUGGGCUGAACUGGCCCGCAGCACGGACGAGUUUGGCGGUGCCCAACUCAAGGCCGUCUGCGUCGAGGCCGGUAUGAUCGCUCUCCGGAAGGGAAUGAGCAAGGUCGGACACGAAAAUUACGUGGAUGCUAUCGCAGAAGUACAAGCCAAGAAGAAGGAUACCAACAUGGGCAUCUACGUCUAA